ACACAAACCCACCAACAGUUAAGUCACCUCCAAACAAAACUCUUUUAUUAUAAUUCCCAAAAAUCUCUGCAAACCCCAAAAAUGUCAGCCGGAAACGGAAACCAGUCGUCGGAAUCAGAAUCCGUCGAGCUCAAUUUCGAAGAGACCAAACUAACCUUGGGAUUGCCUGGCGAUACACGUGGCACCAAACGUGGAUUCUCAGAAACCAUUGAUCUUAAUCUUGAUGAAGAUGAAGGUGAUGAAUCAAGCUCUGUUUCAAAACCUCCACCACCAAAGGCACAAAUGGUGGGGUGGCCACCUGUGAGAGGAUCAAGAAUGAAUGUUAUGAAGAAAUGUAAAUUGGUAAAGGUGGGAUUAGAUGGAGCUCCAUAUCUGAGGAAAGUGGAUCUUCAGAUCUAUCAGAGCUAUCAUCAUCUUUUAAUUGCUCUUCAGGGCAUGUUUUCUAGCUGUUUGACCAUUCGUAAUUAUGUGAAUGAGAGAAAACUAAUGGACCCUGUUAGUGGAAUGGAGUAUGUACCAACUUAUGAGGACAAAGAUGGUGAUUGGAUGCUUGUUGGAGAUGUUCCAUGGAAAAUGUUUGUUGACUCAUGCAAACGACUAAGGUUGAUGAAAAGCUCAGAAGCAAUUGGACUAAGUUCGAAAGAGAUAGAUCUUCAAAAUUUAGAAGGCCGGAGUUGAAUUGAUAUAAUAUUAUAAGAAGAAAAAGAAUGAUCAAGCUAUAUCAAAUUAAAUCACAAGAUGAUCAUGUACAGACACGGCUUUUUUUGUUUUGAUGGUUUUUUUUAUUAUUAUUUUUUAUUAAUACUAAAUAUUAAAUAUAUAUAUAAAUACCACUCAAUCUAUUGAUUUGGGUUGGAGGAGAGUUUUGUUAUUUUUUUUUUUUCAUUAUUAAUUAGGACCAAAUAAAUAAGAGAAGCUUUGGUGUAAUUGUUGUUUGUUGUCCCCAUUAAUCAUGAAUCAUGAUCAAUGGGAUUUAACCCAUUUUGUUAUUUUAUUCGUUGUUUGACUUGGAUUGAAAUUGUAUUGUAAUACUUGCUCUUCAUACUCAACAAGAUAUACAUGGAACAAGAAAUUUUUUUAUUUUUAUUUUUAUUUUUUGAGAGGAUGAAAUUAUUUUUUCUUAAUUAAUUUCAUUUUGGUAAAAUGUGAUAAUAUUCAUUAGAAAAAAUAAUCUUUGCAGUUGCAGCCCAUAGAAAUGCUUUCUCCAGCCCAACUUGGGCCCAUGACAAGUUGGCUUUAUGUGUUAAAGAUCUCACCUCUUUAUUUUUUUUUUUCUUUUUUGUCUAAUACAUAUGAGCUGUAAAGUAAAACGUAGAACAAACUUAAAGUUGGCAAUUUUCACACUUUAUAAAAAUAAGGAAGGAAUUUCUUUCCUUUAUAUUUCUCCACUUUGAACGAAAAUUAAAAAAAAAAAAAAUAGAAAGACGUACUUUUAAAAAUUUAUAUUAAAAUAAGGUAUAAAUACAAAAAGUUACAUAAAGGAACCAGCAAAUGUAACUUAAUGAGAAACUAAAAGUUACUGAGUAUACUGUGAUUUGGGAAAAUAAUCUUUAUAUUAUGUUUUCAGUAAUUUAAGUUCGUGUGUAUAACAAAUUAAUGAGAAAAUAAAACAAUGUUUUGCAAUAUUUUUUUAAGAAAAGAAAAAUAAAGAAAUUUAAUUAACAUGUUACAUAUUAAAAUGUAUAACAAAUUCAAAAAUGCAAGGUUAAAAUUGUUGCUAGGAGUGUUUGGUAAAAUAUAUAUAUUUUUUUAAGAAAAAAAAAUGUUGUUAUUUUCAUUUUCGCAAAAUUGUCAAGACAAAUUCUUAAUACUUUGUUACUAUUAUUUAUAUAUUCAAGAAGUUCAUUGCUAAGGAUUUUUUUUUUUUUAAAUUAACCAAUGCCAUUUUAUGAUUUUCUGCUUAUACUAUUCACCAUACCAUUUCAUAAUAUGAUGAUGAUGAUAUAUAUAAUGGCUCAAUCAGCCAUGUUCGAACAUUAAAAGCAAACAUGUGACAGUUCCAUUCCACCUGCAUAUGUGUACCAAAGUUGGGCAAUUAUUUAAUACACUUUGUUGGAUAGUAAAGAGAAGAGAGGAAACACAUUAGAAUUUAAUGAAAAAGAAACCUUCCUACUAACCACCAAAAUUUAAUGAGGAGACAUCCAUUGCCAUCUCACAGCUGUUUUUCAUUUUCUGAAAAUUUACAAUUGAAGCAAAAGGAUUUCACUUUCCCAACAAUAUAUAUGAUCACUAAAUAGUUGCAGAACACAGAAUGAACCAUAAGAAGAAAAAGAAAAAAGACUUAAAAGAAAGAGAUGGAUAGAGUUAGUGCACCACAACUACCACCACCCCAGCAAAAGAUGUCAUUCAGUGAUCAUGUCAAGAAACGACAACAGGAAAAAGGGUGUCUCUCUGCCUGGCUGUUUGUGCUGUCUUGUGGUUGUUGCUGUGAGUGUUGUUAUUGCUGCUGCUGUCAUUAAGAUAUAUAAUUGCUGCUUCAAGCUAUCACAGUUGGAAAGAACAAAGGUUUCUUAUUCCUGUAAUAAGUCUGUAUUUGAUUUCAUUCUUUAGUGAGAUGUCAAAUAAUAAGAAAAAACAUCAUAUAUAUAAAUUACAAGUUGUUUA